AUGUCGAGCGAGAGGCAAAACGAUGACGCGUCCUCGAGGACGCCGACGAGUGCGAUCCUCUUUCCCGCCGUGCGGUUCGCCGCGUGCGCGCUCGGGACGAUCGGUUCGCUCACCGUGUACGGGGUGCUGCAGGAGCGCGUGAUGACGCUGCCGUACGCGAGAGACGGUGUCUCGAACGAGGACGCGUCCGCGACGUGGCGGAGGGUGUUGCGAGAGAGCACGCGGUUCGGCGCCUUGGAGUGGACGCGAGGGGAGGGUGCGAACGUCGGCGAGGGCGAAGGAGACGUGUUCACCACGACCAUGUUCUUGGUGUUCAUGAAUCGGUGGAUGUCGAUGAUCGUGGCGGGGACGCUGGCGGCGGCGCUCGGGUGGGGCGGGCGGAAUCGAGCGAGCUCGAAAGAUUAUGCCACGGUAUCCGUGAGUAAUCUCUUGUCCACGCUGUGCCAGUACGAAGUAUUGAAGUAUCUCUCGUUUAGCGUGAGCACGCUGGCGAAGACGAUGAAGGUGGUGCCGGUGAUGAUUUGGGGAUACUUUUUAGACGGGAGGAAAUUUAUUUUGCGCGAGUACGUUGAGGCGUUUGUCGUUACCUUGGGAUGCUUCCUCUUCGUCGUCAAUCGCGGGUGGGAGAGCAAGGUGGAAAGGGAGUUUGAGAUGCAGAGCGACCUCGGCGUCGAGGCGGCGCGUCAGUGGUCGAUGAAAGUAGGUAUAUUCAUCUUGCUCAUGUAUUUCGUUUGUGACGGCUUUACGUCGAGUUAUCAGCAGACGAUGUAUCGACGCGAUCGCGUCACAGUCACGGCGCAGGUUUUCUUCACCUCACUCUUUACGACCAUGUUCAGCUUUGUGUGGAUCGUAUGCACGAACCAAUUGACAGUGGCUCUGCGAUUCGUGUACGAGCAUUCGGCGAUUUCCCGAGACAUCUUCAUCCUGAGCGUCGCCUCAACCGUGGCUCAGUUUAGCAUCGCGUACACCAUCAAGGCCUACUCCGCCGUCGUCCUCGCGUCACUCAUGACCGCGCGACAAGUUAUCAGCGUCCUCCUGAGCUGUUACCUCUUCGGCGAGCCGCUCACAUUAACGCAAUGGACCGCCGUCGCGCUCAUCGUUUUGCCCUUCAUCGGCAAGCGCGUCGCUCCGAGCGACGUUGUCCACUCCAUCGACCGAUCGUCCUCGCCAUUCCAGCGCUCGCCCGAUCGCAAAGUGUCCGAUGUAGACCACCUCUUAGACGUCUAG